UUGUCUGUCUGUUGGCAGUAUUGUUUAAUCGAAACGUCAACAAAUUUUGAGGUUAGACGUAGCAUCAUUUUGGUUUGCUUUUGUUAUUUUAGCAUAUUAUGUAGUGUUAAUGCGUUAAAAUGAGCUCCCCAAGUAACGAAAAUGAAGAACCGUCCUCUACAAGUCAGUUAGCAGACGAUGAGCCCACCAGGAGCGGGGGCGAAAGCUCCUCUGCAAAGACGCAGCGACCGCCCGCCAAGCGGCGGCUUUCCAGCACGGUGAUCGAGAUUUCUGAUACUGAGAGUGAUGACUCUGAUGUUUGUGCAGUGAAUUCAUACCAGGCUUCUGCCGAUGAAGUCAAAAGGAUCCGCGGGGCGGAUUAUUCUUCAUCAUCAUCAUCAUCAGACUACAGCUCUGAUUCUGAGUCCCCAUGGGAAGAUGACUCAGUGCUUGUGGAGGAUGAGGACCUUACCAGUAAGCCUGUCAAAGCACAGCUUAACCCUCGAGCUAACAGAAUGGAUGAACCUAAACUUAACCCUACUCUCAAAGCACAAGAAUUAAAAGAUAGUCUAAAAACACACUGGAGCGAAUGCAAGGACCACACAAGCAAUGAGGUCACACUUACAUGUGAACCUUUCCGAGUGUGCUUACUGCACAACUUACUAGACAACCCUGAAAUCAUCAACAACAUAGUGGACGACAUGAACACCUUGGACUGGUCGCGGAAGAAGAUGGACCUGUUUGAGUUCCACCAGACCACAGACCUGGCCAGUCUCACGUGGCAGCGGAGUAUAAGGGGCAUAUAUGAGCUUUUGAAGACUGAAGUGAUGAGUUGGGUGUCGGAGGUGACGGGUCUGGAGCUGACGUCGGUGUCGGCGUCGUGCUCGCUGUACGGGCCGGGCGACCACCUGCUCGUGCACGACGACCUGCUGGCCGACCGCCGCGUGGCCUUCAUCCUCUACCUGUCGCCGUGGGCCCCGCGCGCCGCCGGGCCCGCGCGCGUCGAGAACGGCAGCGGGGACCAUGAUGAGAAAAAGGCUGCGUCUCGGCAGCAGGAGUCGUACGCGUGGUGCGAGUCAAUGGGCGGUGCGUUAGAGCUUCUAGCGCGGGAUGAGAGCGGGCCCACGGACGUCGUGCGCCGCGUGUUCCCGCGAAACAACAUGCUGGCCUUCUUCAAGGUCGGCGUCGACUCCUUCCACCAGGUGGGCGAAGUGUUGUCGCUGGAGCUGCCGCGGCUGUCGAUCAACGGCUGGUUCCACGGGCCCGCGCCGCCCGGCGCCCACCCGCCGCCGCCCGACCCCGGCCCGCCGCUCGACCCGCCGCUCACGCCGCACACCGAUGUCGUGCUCCUGAACCAGUGGGUGGAGCCGACGUACAUGUCGCCGCGCAGCCGCGGCCAGAUCCAGGCGCAGAUGGAGCGCGAGAGCGAGGUGUGCCUGCGCGACCUGCUGCUGCCCGACAAGCACCGACAGGUGCUCGAAGCGCUGCAACACCCGGACAUAGAAUGGGAGCUGGUGGGCCCGGCGCACCAGCGGCGCUACGAGCGCGUGUCGGCGGCGUGGCUGGCGCGCGCGGGCGGCAAGGCGGGCUGCGUGCGCGAGCUGCUGCGCCUGGCCGCGUCCGCCGCCUUCUGCCGCCUGCUGGCCGACUGCAGCGACCUGCAGCUGGCCAGCUACCGCCGCCUCGAGCUGCAGCGCUGGGCGCCCGCCUGCUUCACGCUGCUGCCGCCACGGGAGCAGUACCAGUGGGCGCGGCUGGAGGCGCUGCUGUACCUGGGCGCUGGCGGGGGCGGCGGGGGCGCGGGCGGCGGCACGCUGUUCGUGGCGCCGGAGGAGGGCGGCGCGGGCGCGGCGCUGGUGAGCGUGCCGCCGGCCGACAACGCGCUCAGCCUCGUGUACUGCGACGCCGGCGCCGCCUCCUUCACCAAGUACGUGUCGCGCCUCACCACGCCGCCCGACCACCGCUUCUACAUCCUCACCUGCACCUACGCCGAGUGAGCGCCGCGGCGCGAGUGAUCGUGCUCGGACUUUAAUUCGAGUUUGUAAUUUGACGUCACAUGUUUUCGAGAUCGCGAUGACGACCAGCCGGGGCGGCGCGACCCCGCGACUUUGACGUGACGCGCCCGCCGGCCGAGUGACGUUGCGGUUUGACAUCUUCCGUUUGAGUCUGUGUUCAUACAUACGUACACCCGCUUCCGUCGCCGCCCCGCCUCGUCGUGUGGCGAAAUCUAACAGAAAGUUGAAGUACUGACUCCGAUUAAAUGUAAUGUUGAAAGUGAAUUUAUGUUUGCGUGAGUUGCACGGCUAGACUGUUAAUCCGAUGUUUACCCCCGGUCGAUUGAUUGAUCGAUUAAAUUAUUCAUUUUUGUGUUGAUUACGGACGGCUAUUUUUUGUGACGACGGCCGAUCACGUUGAAUCACAAUCUGUAGCUAUAAUAAUAUUCGAUGUCCUAACUAGUGAUGUAUGAUUGAAAUCUUGCAAGUUCUUUUAGCAAAUUGUUUCAUAAAUAAUAUAUUCCUGUCAUCUGGUUUGGUACUUUUUCUCUGACUGUAUGGUUUAAUAAAUGUAUUUUACUGAAUGAAAGUGCAUUUGAUAAUCAUAAACGUAUCCUUCUUUGAAGAUAUGAUGAUAUUAUUGUUCAUGUAUUAAUCCAAUCAAGAUAAAUAAUGUUUCAUAAUAAUAGAUUAGGUGUCAUUUAUGUGCUUAGUGUUAUGUUUGAUAUAAAAAUAUUGGAGUUUGUAAACAAAUCAUAUAUCACAUGUUAAUGUAUUAUGUAAAGACAUUGUAUUUUGUUGAGUUUGCAAUAUUAUUAGCAAAAAAGUACCGAACCAAAUACAAAUUAAUCCAACAAAUAAAUUACCACUACUCACUAGUGAUCGAUUGACUCUUUUACACAUGAGUAUGAAGUGAUUUUGUUCUUAAUUCAGUGUAGUGUAUGAUAUUAUGGUGUGUGGUUUAGCACUGUUGUUUCAAGACGCCAGGCCUCAAAAUUCUUAACAUAUUUUUGCUAUGAAAUAUGCAUAAUGAGCUUGACACAUUUUAUAGUAAGAAGUAACUUUGUGUGUAUUGUCAAACCAAACUUAGUUUUAGUGAAAUUAUAAAGAUUUUUAUAACAUCUUGCGGGGCCCAUCAACUUAUUGAUUGUAGAAUGAAAUGUCAUCCAAGCGGUAGCCAUAUUCUACCGAUAUAUAGGAAAUAUUAGUAUCUCAGGAGUUUGUUAUAGUAUUAAAAAUGGGUUAAAAAAUAAGCAAAGGGUAAAAAUGGCGCAUUGUAGGAUUUUAGGUAGUUUUAAUUUGAGCAGCCAACAUUGUGUUUUUAAGAUGUAAAGUUAUUGUUUGGAAUACCCUUAUUUCGUGUGGUGUUAUAUUCCUAAUAUUAUGACAAGUUUCUCAGAUGACGUAUGGCGACCCCGCUAUGAAAGCCAGGGAAUUUUGAGGAACUAAAAUAUACGACUUAAAAGUACUAGACCAAAUGUCGUAGUCCCCAUUAUGGAAUUACAUCCUUGUUAUAAAGUAGCAGAACUACAAAUUAUUGUUACUGCUGUGUUUCCCAAUAGAGGUCAUAUCUUUUAGUUCCCGGUAGGGCUGUACCUUGAGAUUAACAGCUCAAUUUUUAUUGUUGUUUGAAAAUUGAUUGAUUUGGUUUCAACGAAAACUGUGUGAAUGUAAUGUGCGUAUAAUGAAUGCAUCAAAGCAUUCGUCCAGCGCUACGGUAGUGUUAUCAUGCAUAUACUUGUGCUAAGGUUUCAGGUUUAAAUAUGAUAAAUAAGUUUUUUUGCGGAUAACUUACAACUUUUCAGUCUAAAGCUGAAAAAGAAUAUAACCCAAGUUAGGGAAAUUCUACCAGUGUAUAAAAUAAUGUUUGCUUUAUCUGAAGGCCAUUGUUAAUAUUUUUGCACGGGGGUUUCAUAUUCUGUAAUUAUUGAUACUUUUUCAACAGGUAACUACUUUUGUAUAGCAUUGAUUUAGGGACGCGUGCAAAUAUUAUGCUUAGUUUCAUGUUUUGAUGACUCCGGAUAAUGUACAUACAAUGAAGGACUUUUAAAUAUGAGUCCUUGCAUCUAAUCGUACAUGUAUGGUAUAAACUGGUACAAACAAUUUGUUAGCUGUAUGUUAUUGUACCCAAUGUCAUGCCAUGAUAACACGACUGUAAUUCUAGAAUAUAACACAUAAUUUAUAGAUCGAUAGCUAUAUUUUGUACAUAGGUAUUGUAAUAAUAAUUAAAUUAAAUAGUAA